AUGAACGCUGCUUGUGACUGCGGAGCAAUAACAUUCAAGACGCCGACCCCAAAGCCCCUGGCCCUCUAUAUCUGCCAUUGUUCCACGUGCAAGAAGCAGGCCGGUUCAGCGUUUGGCACAUCGGCUAUCUAUCCCAGGUUCCCUCUGCCGGAUACUGAACUGUUGAGUUGUUACAAACGACCGACCACUUCAGGUCAUACGCUGUACUGUUACUUCUGCAAGCAAUGCGGCACCCGGUUGAUCCACACAAUUCCGGGCAAGAAUGUGCUCUCGGUGAAGGGCGGAUGUAUUGAAGGUCUGGAUUGGACAUCGGCCAUUCACAUCUGGACCAAGUCGGCCAUGGUCCCUAUCCCUGAGGACUCAAAGUCCUACUCGGAAGGCCCUGGUUCCUCCGAGUACAGUGAGGAAUUUGAUCCACCCAGCGAUGGAUUGGCUGGAUAA